GCCAGGCGCCAGGCGGGCCGGGGAGGUGGCGGGCGGCCGCGGGCGCAGGCCGGGCCGGCAGCAGGACACGGGCGGCCGGGGUGCUCGGGGACCGGCGCGGGGACCAGCAUGCGCGGCUCGCGGGGAGGCGUCUGGCUGGCGCUGGCCGCGUCGCUGCUGCACGUGUCCCUGCAAGGCGAGUUCCAGAGGAAGCUCUACAAGGAGCUGAUCAAGAACUACAACCCCCUGGAGAGGCCCGUGGCCAACGACUCGCAGCCCCUCACCGUCUACUUCUCGCUUAGCCUCCUGCAGAUCAUGGAUGUGGAUGAGAAGAAUCAAGUUUUAACCACCAACAUUUGGCUGCAGAUGUCCUGGACAGAUCACUACUUACAGUGGAACAUGUCGGAGUACCCGGGCGUGAAGAACGUCCGGUUUCCAGAUGGCCAGAUAUGGAAGCCAGACAUUCUUCUCUACAACAGUGCCGACGAGCGAUUCGAUGCCACAUUCCACACCAAUGUGCUAGUGAAUUCUUCGGGGCAUUGUCAGUACCUCCCUCCAGGUAUAUUCAAGAGCUCCUGCUACAUCGACGUGCGCUGGUUCCCCUUUGAUGUGCAGCAGUGCAAGCUCAAGUUUGGCUCCUGGUCCUACGGAGGCUGGUCCCUGGACCUCCAGAUGCAAGAAGCAGAUAUCAGCGGCUAUAUCCCCAAUGGCGAGUGGGACCUUGUGGGGAUCCCGGGGAAACGGAGUGAGAAGUUCUAUGAGUGCUGCAAGGAGCCGUACCCAGAUGUCACCUUCACAGUGACCAUCCGCCGCCGGACCCUCUACUAUGGCCUCAAUCUGCUCAUCCCCUGCGUCCUCAUCUCUGCCCUGGCUCUCCUGGUCUUCCUGCUGCCUGCUGACUCUGGGGAGAAAAUCUCCCUUGGGAUCACGGUCUUGCUCUCACUCACCGUCUUCAUGCUGCUGGUAGCAGAGAUCAUGCCUGCGACCUCGGACUCGGUGCCCUUGAUUGCUCAGUACUUUGCCAGUACCAUGAUCAUCGUGGGCCUCUCAGUGGUGGUGACGGUUAUCGUGCUGCAGUACCACCACCAUGACCCUGAUGGCGGCAAGAUGCCCAAGUGGACCCGGAUCAUCCUUCUGAACUGGUGCGCGUGGUUCCUGCGCAUGAAGCGUCCAGGUGAGGACAAGGUGCGUCCGGCCUGCCCGCACAAGCAGCUGCGGCGCUGCAGCCUGGCCAGCGUGGAGAUGAGCGCUGUGGCCGCAGGUCCCCCGGCUGCCAAUGGCAACCUGCUCUACAUCGGCUUCCGUGGGCUGGACGGCAUGCACUGCUCCCCGACGCCGGACUCCGGGGUGGUGUGCGGCCGCCUGGCCUGCUCGCCCGCUCACGAUGAGCACCUGCUGCAUGGUGGGCCGCCUGCUGACGGGGACCCGGAGCUGGCCAAGAUCCUGGAGGAGGUGCGCUACAUCGCCAGCCGCUUCCGCUGCCAAGACGAGAGCGAGGCCAUCUGCAGCGAGUGGAAGUUCGCCGCCUGCGUCGUGGACCGCCUGUGCCUCAUGGCCUUUUCCGUCUUCACCAUCAUCUGCACCAUUGGCAUCCUCAUGUCAGCGCCCAACUUCGUGGAGGCUGUGUCCAAAGACUUCGCUUGAGCUGGGUCAGAUGGGCCCUGCUGCUGGGAUGCCUGUGCCCCCUGCCACCCCAGUGUCUGUCCCCCAAGCGUUGUCUGUCAUGUUGGUUCCCUUGUCACUUGCAGAGGGGCUCAGCCUGGUUCAGAUUCACUCUUCCCACCCAGCUCUGUGAUCACUGUGCAGCAUCAGAUCUGCAAGGACCCCCCCGUCCCCACAUGGCCUUACCCCUAGAGGCAAGCCUUUCAGAAGGGUGGGCUGGGGUGGGCACUGGAUGGUCAGUACGCAUGAUUGCAUGUCACUCACCAUGAUGCAUUUCCAUGGAAACCCCUCGUAUGCUUCUGCCUGUGUAAGAACCCAGAUUGCCUCAAAACUCUCAAAACCCAUUCAAAUGACUGCAAAUCCACUCAAAUGACUGCCUGGUGGGAAGGAAAGUCAGGAAAGGGGACAUGGAACCAAAACUGAAAGCUUCUUUUUUUGUUCUUUGUGUUUUCCUCCACCAAUCCCUGGUCAAGAGAGAGUUUGAUGCUAUGUUCAGACAAAGAGCAAACUGGGAUUGUAAAUAAGCCUCUCACCAGCCUGAUGGCUCCAACCCGACCUUGUCUGAGGAAUCAGGGUGUCACAGACUGUGUUUGACGGUGGACUAGGGUUGGACCCAGGAAUCUUAGGGCAUUUCUGCCAAACUCUGGGCUGCGGAUUGACUGCUGUCUGCAGACACCACAGGACAAAGUCACUUCAGAACUCUCAGCCCAAUAUAAUAGCUAAAGCUAAAUGAAGUGAAGGUAAAUUUGUGUGUGUGUAAAAUAGUACACUAUUAAAUGCUUCACCUGUUAAAUACUUUACCUAUAUUGUAGUUGAUUAGACUUAGACAUUCGUGGAUCCAAGUGGAUAACAUAAAGUGAACAUUUCCUAUGGGUAUUUUUUAAAUCCAUAUCAGGGCAGUUUAGACCUCAUCAUGCUCCCUAUGUGUCAGAAAGGCUUUGGCUUUGCUGGAGGACAGGUAAAGACAGCUGCCCAGUCCCCAUAACUCUAGCCUCUGGCCUUGGGGGCUCUGUCCCCCUUUCACUAUUAUUUCCAGCUCAGGAAACAGGCAAGAUGUGUGUCUCAAGAAAGAAACUUUCAUUUGACUCGGCAAUAGAGCACACCCCUUCUAUUGUCUGAUAAUAGUCCUCUGGGCCCUCUCCCAUUCUUCUCUUAGUGAGAUCAGAGGGUGAUUCACCUAGAAAAAUCUCUUCUGUCCUUCUCUGUUUACCCAGGAGUAGCUUAGAACUCGGAUCUCUGAGCUUCUGAGCUCCAGGGCAUCUUUGACUCGAUUCUCCCCCUGCCAUGGGCACAUCAUGAGGGAAGAUUGAUUUUCAGAGCGAAAGGAAUUGCCUACAUCUAUUCACUUGUGUAUUUCAGUCCUUCCUGGGGAAAAUGGAUGAAUUUGUUUGCACAAUGGAAGACUCUUUCCGUGUGUGUGUGUGUGUGUGUGUGUGUGUGUGUGUGUGUGUGUGUGUGAAUUCAAGGUCCUGUCACCCCCCCUUCCCCAUUAUACAAGGGAUGAAUCGUUGAUGCACUUUAUUUUCCCUAUUUAUUAUUAUUGUUUUUUUUUUAAGUCCAAGUGUUUUCCAGCAAAAGAGACGAUUUCAUUUCUCUUGCUGCCCACAAACUCACUUUUUACAUCUUGGGCUUUAAAACAAACAAAUGCAUUUGGAUUGCAUUUGAGAUGGCAUAACCUGAAAAAAAAAGUGGUUCUGGUUUUGCCCACCUAAAUAAGGAUCUAGUAAGGAACAGGUAGGUGAACGCUAAGCAUGAGAGGGUCAAAUCUGUCUCCCUCUCUGCUUCUUCAAUGCUCAUGGCAAGCUACUGUGGAGUGUGUGUGUGUGUGUGUGUGUGUGUGUGUGUGUGUGUGUGUGUGUGUGUGUGUGUGUGUUGGGUAAGGGGUCGUGUCCUUCCAGAAUGAAAGGGAAGAAGGGGGAGCUAAUUGAGAGAGAUAUUCCUUUUGGACACUGCUAUGCACGGAUGCACUUUCCUUUCUCUGCACUUUGCUUUCUUUAUUGAGUGUAUCUUAGAGAACUUUUCCAUGGCAACAUAGGAAGAGCUACCUCGUUCUAAUUGAUGCUUCACAUUCCAUUUUCUUGGUGGCCUCUCAUUUCUCUGAUUAGGCUAUUGUUGGGGAACCUAUAGAGUAUCUGCUAUUUGUUAUUUUUGUACAUAAACCUGUAAUUAGCAUCCGUGGACUUGGAACCCGGCAUCUUCUUGUGACUGUCUUGGUAUAAAUUCCAAAGUGGCAAUGGAAUUUCUCCGUUAAGACUGUGAGCAUUUAACCUUUUCAUAGACGCUGUCAGAUCUGUCAGGUUAGCUUCUCAAAAAAACCCUAUAUAUAGGGUGAUUUCUCAUAUUGUUUUAUGAAUCAUUAAAGAACGUUUUUCCCAAUCUGGUGAGAUGGAAAAUAAAACAGAUAUUGUAGUAGCAUUCUAAUUUAGUUCAUUUCAUAAGCAAAGUGGAGACUCUUUGGAAAUGUUUUGUUGGUAUUUUGCAUUCCUAUAAAUUUGUUUUUUUAUGCAACUUUCAAUUGGGGUGUUUGGAUUUUUUUAAUUAUUAUUUUGCCUGUGCACCAUGAAAGUUUUCUGUUAUAUCUUGAAAAUAUUUUGAUUCAUUUAUUAGUUGUCUUUUGAUGUUAUUUAUUAAUUUAUUUAUUGGUAUGUAGAAAAUGUAUGAUUUUAUGUGCAGUUUUUCCAUAUUUUCUUGGAAUUUGUUUCCAUUUUCAAUAAUUUCAAUAAUUUCUCCUUCUGAAAUUAUAAAUAAACUUACUCAUAUUUUUUUCUAAGUCCUUAUGGUUUUAGUUUUUAUUUUUUCUAAGUCCUUAUGGUUUACUAGAAUUCUUUUUCUUUUUCACAAAAAGUGAAGGUAAACAUAGAUUUAUCUCUCCAGUUAACCAGUUGUACCAGAAAAAUAUGUAACAUUGCAUUCUUAUAAAACAAUUAUAGUUUUUUCCACAUAUUAAAAUUCUACAAUAUUGUAAACUCUUUA